CAACACAAUAGGGAAGUUGUCCAGUUUCCGAUGACGGUGAACGUGCCAUCACAAUCCAUAUUCUCCAUCUUCCUCCAACCAGGCAAGGGACCAACUUGCGUCUUGCACCCAUCGUAAAAAAAUUUCCCGCUGACCUACACUCAACCAGACUUAAGGACCCACCAUCAUGACGGACUCCAAAUAUUUCACAACAAACAAAAAAGGGGAGAUCUUUGAACUGAAGGCAGAGCUGAACAAUGAGAAGAAGGAGAAGAGAAAAGAGGCAGUAAAAAAGGUCAUUGCUGCCAUGACUGUUGGCAAGGAUGUCAGUUCUUUGUUCCCAGAUGUGGUGAACUGCAUGCAGACCGACAACCUGGAGCUGAAGAAGUUGGUCUACCUCUACUUAAUGAACUACGCCAAGAGCCAGCCUGACAUGGCCAUCAUGGCCGUCAACAGCUUUGUCAAGGACUGUGAGGACCCCAACCCUCUGAUCAGGGCUCUGGCCGUCCGCACCAUGGGCUGCAUCCGGGUGGACAAGAUCACAGAGUACCUGUGUGAGCCGCUAAGGAAAUGCCUGAAGGAUGAGGACCCAUACGUGAGGAAGACGGCGGCUGUUUGUGUGGCUAAACUUCAUGACAUCAAUGCCCAGAUGGUGGAGGACCAGGGCUUCCUGGACUCCCUGAGAGAUCUCAUUGCUGACUCAAAUCCCAUGGUUGUGGCCAAUGCAGUUGCUGCCCUGUCCGAGAUUAGCGAGUCUCACCCCAACAGCAACCUGCUGGACCUCAAUCCCCAGAACAUCAACAAGCUGCUGACGGCCCUCAAUGAGUGCACAGAGUGGGGACAGAUCUUCAUCCUGGACUGCUUGUCCAACUACAACCCCAAGGAUGAGCGCGAGGCCCAAAGCAUCUGUGAGCGUGUUACUCCCCGGCUGUCUCACGCCAACUCAGCCGUGGUGCUGUCAGCAGUCAAGGUGCUGAUGAAGUUCUUGGAGCUGCUGCCCAAGGACUCAGACUACUACAACACGUUGCUGAAGAAGUUAUCCCCACCACUGGUCACCUUGCUCUCUGGAGAGCCUGAGGUCCAGUAUGUGGCCCUGAGGAACAUCAAUCUCAUUGUCCAGAAAAGGCCUGAGAUCCUGAAGCAGGAGAUCAAGGUGUUCUUCGUCAAGUACAACGACCCUAUCUAUGUAAAACUGGAGAAGCUGGACAUCAUGAUCCGCUUGGCCUCUCAGGCUAACAUUGCCCAGGUGCUGGCUGAACUGAAGGAAUACGCCACGGAGGUGGAUGUUGACUUUGUACGCAAGGCUGUACGAGCCAUUGGACGCUGUGCCAUCAAAGUGGAGCAAUCAGCUGAGCGCUGUGUCAGCACCCUGCUGGACCUGAUCCAGACCAAGGUCAACUACGUGGUUCAGGAGGCUAUUGUAGUCAUCAGAGACAUCUUCCGCAAGUACCCCAACAAGUAUGAAAGCAUCAUUGCCACACUGUGUGAGAAUCUGGACUCUCUGGACGAGCCUGAUGCUCGUGCUGCCAUGAUCUGGAUUGUUGGCGAGUACGCAGAGAGGAUCGACAACGCCGACGAGUUGCUGGAGAGCUUCCUCGAAGGCUUCCAUGAUGAGAGCACCCAGGUGCAGCUCACUCUGCUGACUGCCAUCGUAAAGCUGUUCCUUAAGAAGCCAUCAGAGACUCAGGAGUUGGUGCAGCAGGUGCUCAGUCUGGCCACUCAGGACUCUGACAACCCUGAUCUGCGUGACAGGGGCUAUAUUUAUUGGCGCCUGUUGUCCACUGACCCAGUGACAGCCAAGGAGGUGGUGUUGUCAGAAAAGCCCCUGAUCUCAGAGGAGACGGACCUCAUUGAGCCCACCCUCCUGGACGAGCUCAUCUGCCACAUUGGCUCCCUGGCUUCAGUCUAUCACAAACCCCCCAGUGCGUUUGUUGAGGGCAGCCACGGAGUCCACCGGAAACACCUUCCUGUGCAGCACAGCAGCAUUGAUACAGGCGAGAGCCCAGUGAGCAGUGGGCCGGCAGCUGCCAUGGACCAGCCACAUGUAAUUCCCAGUCAGGGUGACCUGCUGGGUGAUCUGCUGAACCUGGACCUGGGCCCUCCAGUCAAUGUGCCCCAGGUCUCAUCCAUGCAGAUGGGUGCAGUGGACCUUCUGGGAGGAGGCCUGGACAGCUUGCUGGGGGGAGACCUGGGCGGAGGUGUUGGGGGAAGUCCAGCUGUGGGACAGAACUUCAUCCCCUCAUCUGUCCCCAGUACUUUUGCUCCGUCACCUACACCAGCGCCUCCAGCCGUCAGCAGCGGCCUCAACGACUUGUUUGAGCUUUCCACAGGCAUGGCCAUCACUACUGGGGGCUAUGUAGCCCCAAAAGCAGUGUGGCUGCCUGCAGUGAAAGCUAAGGGACUGGAGAUCUCUGGCACCUUCUCUCGCCGCCAGGGUCACAUGUACAUGGACAUGACCUUCACAAACAAGGCCCUGCAGCACAUGACCGACUUCGCUGUUCAGUUCAACAAGAACAGUUUUGGGAUGAUCCCUACCAGUCCUUUGCCCAUUCACACUCCGCUGAUGCCCAGCCAGAGUAUUGAGGUCUCUUUGCCGAUCAACACCGUUGGGCCAGUCAUGAAAAUGGACCCACUUAAUAAUCUGCAGGUGGCUGUGAAGAACAGCAUCGAUGUCUUCUACUUCAGCGUACUUAUCCCUCUCAACAUAUUCUUUGUUGAAGAUGGAAAAAUGGAGCGACAGGUGUUCCUGGCUACCUGGAAAGACAUCCCCAAUGAGAAUGAGCUACAGUACCAGAUAAAGGAGUGCCACCUAAAUGCAGACACAGUAUCAGGGAAGCUACAGAAUAACAACAUCUACACCAUUGCCAAGAGAAAUGUAGAAGGCCAGGAUAUGCUCUACCAGUCCCUCAAGCUAACCAAUGGCAUCUGGAUCUUGGCUGAGCUCCGUAUUCAGCCUGGCAACCCCAACUACACGCUGUCUCUCAAGUGUCGGGCCCCUGAGGUUUCUCAGUACGUCUAUCAGAUGUACGAUGCUGUGCUGAAGAAUUGACCUGCUCUAACACUUAGCAACUCUGCUUCAUCCUCACAACAAACCGCAGUCAUUCAUAAUUUUUUUUGCCAACUGUAGCUAACUGCCAAAACAAGGGAAUCCAAACAGUAAAUGAUAAAUACUAAAUCUUUUUUUGGAAUAUUGGGUGUAUUUUUCCUCAGAGAUCAACAAGGCAAAUGUCAGUUAAUACAAAUGUGUUCUGCUGUGAUCACCAUACUGUAGUUCUGUAUAUUGUACUGAAGUUAUAGUACUAACACUGUUGAUGUUUCCUUUAUUUUGGCAGUUGAAAGCAUGAUUACAACUCCCCAUUUCGAUUUUUGCCUCCCAGUAAAAACAUGUCUACCAUUCCAUCCUUAACUUAGUGUCUUAAUGUUGUAAAGAUGUGACUGAAGGUAAAACUGUUUAUUUGUACUGUGUGGCUCACACUUUAUUUUUGAUACUUGCUUUGCUUCAGUUGUACCCUCAUAAUAAUACCAGUUUUGUUCCUAUUGCCAUUAAUGUGCAUGUGAAGAGUCAAAACCAACACUGUGUUUGUCAGAAGCUACUACUCUCUGUCCUACAGUAGAUUUGCCUCCUGGAGUUCAAAUACCGUUUCUUGAGACAACGUUGAAUUGACAAAUAUACAUAACGUUGAGCAGCAUAUGUGUUGCAGUUAUUCCUGUCAUGACUUUUAACAAGGCUGCUUGUUUUUAAUAGGAUUACUUACUGUGUGUGUGUGUGUGUGUGUGUGUGUGUGUGUGGUAAAAUUUCAUUGCUGCUUCCCACCGCAGGUGAUACAGGUCCAGCAUUUGAUCUUUCCAUAAGCCUUCAGCACAUUCUGUCUUUACUAACACUCCACCCUUUUCACCUCAGCUUCGUGUAAAUGGCUUGGGAAUAUUUUAAAGCUUUUUCUUUUUGGUGUUUUUAAUGGUCAAAUAAAAAAAAACAUAAAGACAGUUGGCGGGGAUACAAUUGGGAAUAGUAAAAACAAAAAGAAAAGAAAUAUUUAGGCCAUGUGAAGAAACUUCAAUUGACCUGGAAUAAUAGAUCACAAGUUUACUUAAUUAAAAAAUCAAAAAUACAUCCAGUUACAUGCAGGCUGUGUAAGUGGAGGGAUGCAAACCGCCAGAAGAACAGACUGUCAAGAAGCUUCUGAUUAGCAAGUGCAGUAUAUUAAAUUCUCGGGCAAAAUUGCCAGGCAGCCAUUAUUUUCAACUUGAAAGUUUCUGUUCGUUGGAUUUGAACAACUAUACAAACCCACAGUAACUACUGUUUGUGUUAACACACCAGGGCCACUCCUUUUCGUUCUCUGCAACCACAGUUGUACACGGCUUUUCACACCUACAUUGUCAUUCCUAUUUAUUGUGCAUCUACCUCUGCUUGUUUCCUUUUUAACUGGCUUUAUUGUUGCAUUAGCUUCAAUUCUGUAAUGUGCUUUAAAUGUUUCCACCGUUUUCUUUUAAUACUAGUGCUGCUUUUGUAAUCUUAAUGCCAUUGUUGUCAAGCGAGCUAAAUGUGUGGCAGGUCAGCCAAACCGAUCUCACAAGACCAAGCAUCCACGCAAAUGAAAUGAAAGCCUAUGUUUGAGUACCCCGGUGUCAAUAUAACCUUCAAAUGUUGGCGUUGUUUGUGAUAUUGUACAUUGGGGCACAUACGCCCUAAGACCCAGAGUUGCUCUAGUACAGUGUAUUUCAGUGAUGGUGUAGUUUGUGUAGCUAAUACAUAAAAAUGUUUUGGUAUUCCCCUGAAAAUGAAAUGAAGCUUUGCCUCUUAUCUAUUCAAAAGUGAAGGCUUUUUCGACGUAUCAGUUGUAUUGGUGACACUAUUUUCCCACAUGGUAAUGUAAAAAUAUGUUUAUGAGCCUGCAUGAGCCCACUGUCAAUUUUAUCCUUUUUAAUUUUACUCCUCUCCCAACCUCAUGUCUCUGCUGUAGAGCAAAUUUUUUUUUUUACGCAGCAUUGUCUCAAGCACUCCCACAAAUAGAAGUAUAUACAAAAUGGUUUCCAAUAAAACUGAAUCUAUAGAGAGAGCUACCGCAGCAUGGUAUGAAAUGGAAUAUUUCUAUCAUCAUUGCUGUAACCCUGUUGUAAAUGAUUUGUUAUUGUCACAGUGCCACAUCUUAUGUCAAUAAAUUGUCAAACACA